AUGACCGUGCAGGCUCUUGAUGAUGCGAUCAACGCGGCCGGCGGAUCAGCGGCUGUCGUCGAUCGCGACCUGCGGCGCUGGGCCGAGGAUGACACCCCCGCGCUUCCGCCGUUCCGGCUGCUGAGCGUCGCUGACAUCCGCGCCCUCCCGCCCGCGCUUGAUCGCGUGCAUGGCAUCUACCCCGUGCAGGGGGUCGGCGCGAUCUACGGACCGAGCGGCAGCGGCAAGAGCUUCCUUGUGAUCGACCUGAUGGCCGCCGUCGCCGGCUCUGCGUCGUGGUUCGGGCACAAGGUGCGGCCCGGGCGUGUCGUGUACGUCAUGUUGGAAGGCGCCGCCGGCCUCGCCAAGCGCAUCCGAGCAUGGGAGGAAGUGAACGAGCGCCCCUUCCCCGAUGGGGUGUCCUUCCUGGUGGAGUCGUUUCGCCUGCUGGACAGGGACCACGUGCAUUCGCUGGCCGGCGCGAUCGACGCGCUGGGCGGCGCGGACGUCGUCGUCAUCGACACCCUGAACCGGGCCGCGCCGGGAGCGGACGAGAACAGCCCCGAGGAUGCCGGCCGCAUGCUUGACGCGCUGCAGCAGCUGCAAAACAUGAUCGGCGGCCUGGUGCUGGUCGUGCACCACACGGGCAAGGAUGCGACCAAGGGCAUGCGCGGGCACUCGUCGCUGUUCGCCGCGAUGGAUGGCGCCAUCGUCACCACACGCAGCGGCGAUGCCCGCGAAUGGGCCAUCGACAAGGUCAAGGAUGGCCGGGACGGCGACGCCCAUCCCUACCGCCUUCGCGCCGUUGAAGUGGGCGAAGACGAAGACGGCGACCCGAUCACCUCCUGCGCGGUCGUGCUGCCAGGCGAAGGCGAGGAACUUCCCGAGCUCAACCGCCCCAGGCCGCCGAAAGGCGGGAAUCAGCGCAUCGUCUAUGACGCGCUCGGCCCGCUGUUCCGGGAAGCACACACGUUCGGGAAGGCCGGCGCGCCAGCCAUCCGGCCCUGCAUCGAGCUGGAGGCCGCUGUGCUCAAGGUCCGUGACCGCCUCACGGUCGAACCCAAGCGACGCACCGAGCGCGCCCGCCAGGCGAUCACCGGCCUGGUGGCCAGCGGGGUCCUGGGCUCCAACGAAGGGUGGAUAUGGCUCGUGUGA